AGAACAAGACAAGGCACGGACGGAACGAGAAACGUUCGAAACGCGUUGUUUUCGAUUCACGCGCGGCCAUUCGUUCGAUCAACCAUACUCAGUGACAACUACAAGGAUGUACGAGGAUUGCGUGCUGCAGUCAAUGCGAUUUCCGCAAAAGCUCUGGCGGAUAGUGAACGAGUGCGAGACUGGAGCAAUCCGUUGGGGUGCGAACGGUGACACCAUACUGCUCGAUUAUAAAAGAUUCCAGACGGAAUACUUGGAUACGCGCCGGCCCAUCUUCAAGACGAGCAAUAUCACUAGCUUCAUCAGGCAACUGAAUCUCUAUGGUUUCCGCAAAGUCACUUACCACGGCCGCGACCCAGCCUGCAACUCUUGCAACCCACACGUGCACGAGUUCCUGCACGACAACUUCCGAGCCGACCGCAUCGACAUGUUAUCCAAGGUGUGCCGGAAAACCGGUAGGAAAACCCGGUGCUCGCAACAUGAAACCGCGAAAAAUGAGGAAGAGAGUCCGCGAUCGGAAACAAAUCACGUAUCUCGCUUAAAACUGUGUCAGUUGGCGCUAACUGAAACUUUGGAGCAAAUUACCCAAGAAUAUCGACGGGAACACAAUCAAGGAAAAAAAUUAAUUAUAACAAAAGAUAAUACUCCAAAACAAAUAAGAAACACUCAAGAAGAUACAGUUCCUGUUCUUUAUGAGAUUGAAUUCAACAAUGUUUCAAAUCAGAAACCUACCAUAGAACGAAAUAUAAAAUAUUCUGCAUACCAGUUUCUUCCUACAAAGAUCAAUACAUCGUUUGAACGCAAAAUAAUCACGCCACCUCAGUGCAUUGCUUUGAUAGAUAAACGUGAUUUGCACUUUAAUAUUCAAAAUAUUCAUUGA